AAAAAAAAAAAAAACAGCGGCGGUUCUGGGAAAGACAAAUACAACCCUGUCUUCUUUAUCUUAGUUUUCUCUCUUCUUCCUUCCCUCCCUCCCUUGGUUUUAUAAUCUCUCCGCUUCCCCCAAAAACCCAGGGGCUUCUUCUUAUUACGCACACACGAUCCCACCUUAAAAGCUAAUCUUCUUUCUUUUAUAAUUAACGAAUCUCCCACACCAACUCCCAUAAUAUCUCCUAAAUACCUUCAAGAAACACACAGACAAAUAUAUCGGUUUUGGGUUUGUGUAUUGCUCGAUCAGUUCUUGUUAUUGUUUACUGUUAGCAAAUCUAAAUCAAAGAUGCGGAUGAGCUGUAAUGGAUGCAGAGUUCUCCGGAAAGGGUGUAGUGAGGAUUGUAGUAUAAGACCCUGUUUGGCUUGGAUCAAGUCUCCUGAAGCCCAAGCUAACGCAACCGUGUUUCUCGCCAAGUUCUAUGGCCGUGCUGGACUCAUGAACCUCAUCAACGCCGGUCCCGAUCACCUUCGUCCUGGGAUUUUCCGAUCGUUGUUGCAUGAAGCUUGUGGGAGGAUCGUGAAUCCGAUCUAUGGUUCAGUGGGUUUGUUAUGGUCUGGAAAUUGGCAGCUUUGUCAAGACGCCGUUGAGGCUGUGAUGAAAGGAGAGCCGAUCACAGAGAUCGCCACAGACGCGGCGACGAUCGGCCAAGGUCCGCCACUUAAGAUCUACGACAUCAGACAUAACUCCAAAGAUGACAACUCCGCUGCCGCUACUGGGUCAACCGAUCUGAAACGGGCGAAAACUCGCCGGGCUAAGCGGGUCGCCGCCCUUGAGAAACAAGCGGAAUCUGAGGGAAAGUCCGGCGGCGGUGAGGCUAGUCACGAGUCCUCGUUGAGUCACCAGUCUGAAAUAGUGGCUGCUCAUGAAGGAGAGAGCAAGGAAUCGGAGAGCAAUGCCUCUGAGGUUUUGGCGUUAUCGCCGCCGACUGUUCAGGGCUCCGGCGAGAUUAAGCUCGACUUAACUCUAGGGCUGGAGCCGGUGUCACAUGCGUAUGACGUGGUACCUGUGAAGAAGAGAAGGAUCGGCGUGUUUGGCACGUGUCAGAAGGAGAGCACGUGUAAGACUGAGCUUAUGCUCUAAUCAGAAGCUUCGUUUUAGCUCACCAUAGAAGUUUUGCCCGCAAUCAGCUCAAUUCGGUUCGGCUCUGAUCAUCGUCAAGCCGAGCCGGUAACUUUUUUUAUAUAAUUUCACUUUCUUUAUUUGUGACCAAAGAAAAAGAAUAGCCGGUAACUUACCAUGUACAAACUUAUUUACAGAGAGUAAUUCAAGAAUUGGCUGAGAUAUUAUUA